CUCACAAGAUUGACCAAAAUCCAAGUUUCCGGCAAACUUUCUUUCAGGAACUUCAGGAUGUUUGGAUUUUGGAAAUCACCUGGAGAUAAUAAGAUUACCAAGCAAAGUUCACUAGACCCACCUGGUUCUUCCAAUUCUAAUCCUUUUAAUUCGGACUCUGAGCAUGACAAGCAAACCCUUAGGCCUGCAAGGCGAACUGCUUCCGAGCCUGUGCUCAUGAUCCCCGCCAGCCCUUUGGAUGAUAAUUAUGGGGGGAAGGGGACUUCCUCUUCAUCAUCCUUGUACAAGAAUGAUUUCCGUGAUUCUGGAGGACUAGAGAACCAAAGUGUGCAAGAACUGGAAAAUUACGCCGUAUACAAGUCUGAGGAGACUACAAAAAGUGUGAAUAAUUGCCUUAGGAUUGCUGAAAAUAUCAGAGAGGAUGCUACAAAGACCCUUGACAUGCUGCAUAACCAGGGUGAUCAAAUAACGAGGACUCACAACAUGUGUGUUGAUAUGGACAAGGAUUUGAGUAAGGGUGAAAAGCUUUUAAAUAAUCUUGGAGGCAUGUUCUCUAAGACAUGGAAGCCAAAGAAGACCAAAGACAUCGCGGGCCCUGUGAUCACAGCAGAUAAUCCAUCCAAGAAAAGUGAGAACCACAAAGAGCAGCGGAAAAAGUUGGGUUUAGUCCCUAAAGGUAAAGCGCCUUCAGCUCCUAGAACACCGACUCCUGAACCAGCAAAUGCCCUGCAGAAAGUCAAGGUAGAGAAGACCAAACAAGAUGAUGCACUUUCAGAUCUAAGUAAUAUCUUGGGUGACUUAAAGGGUAUGGCUGCCGAUAUGGGAAGUGAGCUCGACAGGCAAAAUAAAGCUCUGGACCAUCUAUCUGAUGAUGUGGAUGAACUGAACUCUCGAGUGAAAGGUGCCAAUCAACGAGCACGACAUUUGCUUGGGAAGUGAGACAACAAACAUCAUAUCCAUAUAUAUCACAGAGUUUCCUUGCUUUG